AUGUUCAAGAAAGCUGUACAAGACCAUUCGGGAGGAUCUGCUAAACCCCUUCAGUCCAGCCUUCUUCACAGCAAUGGGAUUCAACCAUCGAAACCACCGCCGCAGUCAGUAGGAGUCAAACGGAAAAUCGAAAUGGCCAAUGCUGGGGGAUCUGCACUAGGGUCUUUGCACAGCGCUGUAUACUUUGAUGAGAAUGAUUUCGAUGAUGAUCUUGAUUUGGAUAGCGAGCCAGAACCGUUUAUACCACCACCAAAAAUUGUGAGGCCGAACAAUGGGCGACAGAUACCAUUUGAAAGUACAAACUCAACUACCUUGGCGACGCACACGAUCAAGCCGGCUCAAGUGUCGACACCCACGAGAAAGAAUGAGGACUUGGAGAUAAAGUACCCCGAGCUGCCUCCAGUUCCUGAUGAUCCGGUACCAUCCAGCAGCAUACCAGUUCCUUGGUCAUCCUCACCACCAUCUCACUUUCAGAAACCUACCAGUUCACGAACUCUACCGUGGCUUAAGAAAGAGGAGUCGAUGCCAGCACCAGCCGUGCAGUACAAGCCAGAGACACCUGUGCGUCCAAAGCCGACUGCCAUAUGGAACAAAUCGGCAAGCGCAAUCAAGGAGGAACAGAAAGAACUACGCCGACAGUAUAAGAAUCAGAAGACCGAUUCUGUGCAACAUCGCCCACGUCCUAAGAUGGCGUCCUUAUUCCUUAGUGAUGAACAGAAACACGUACUUAAUGCCGUUGUUGAGCAAGGGAAGAGUAUAUUCUUCACCGGUUCCGCCGGAACUGGAAAAUCAGUUCUCAUGAGAGAAAUUAUUAAGAAACUUCGCGACAAGUACAGGAGAGAGCCUGACAGAGUGGCAGUGACUGCUUCAACGGGUCUUGCCGCUUGUAACAUCGAGGGUGUUACCCUCCACAGCUUCGCAGGGAUAGGAUUAGGCAAAGAGCCUGUCCCUGAGCUUGUUAAGAAGGUCAAGAAAAAUCCCAAAGGCCGGAACCGUUGGCUACGUACAAAGGUUCUGAUUAUUGAUGAAGUGUCUAUGGUUGACGGAGACCUCUUCGAUAAGCUCGAGGAGCUUGCUCGAAAGAUUAGAAACAACGGCCGUCCUUUCGGCGGCAUUCAACUUGUCGUUACGGGCGACUUCUUUCAAUUGCCUCCGGUCCCUGAUGGCAGCAAUCGAGAGGCAAAAUUUUCAUUUUCUGCUGCUACCUGGAAUACCUCUAUACAACACACAAUCCUCUUGACCACUGUUUUCCGUCAAGCAGAUCCUGAUUUUGCAAACAUGCUCAAUGAAAUGAGGCUUGGAAAGCUCAGUCCGCGUACAAUCGAUACCUUUAAACACCUCUCACGGCCACUUGACUUUCAUGAUUCUCUUGAAGCUACGGAGCUGUUCCCAACACGUCAAGAGGUAGAGCAUGCAAACAGUGCAAGAAUGCAAAGACUGUCCGGCGAAGUGAUGACUUUCAAUGCCGCAGAUUCGGGUACAAUUCAAGACGCACAGUAUCGUGAGAAACUGCUGGCCAACUGCAUGGCUCCACAAGUAAUCCACCUCAAAAAAGGAGCACAAGUCAUGCUCAUUAAAAAUAUGGAAGAUACGCUCGUCAAUGGAUCAAUUGGACGAGUGGUCGCAUUUAUGGAUGAGGCAACAUUCGAUUUCUAUCGCGAGAAUGAAAGCGACUUCGCUGGUGACCAGGGAGCCCAAAGCGAUGAGGAGAUGAUGAAUCGCUCCCGCAAGAAGCUUAAGUCUCUUUCUCACAAAGAAGGGGGCGUCGUGGUGAGCAGAAAAUGGCCUCUUGUCUGUUUUGUACAGCCGGAUGGAACCGAAAGGCACCUGCUUUGCCAACCAGAAACAUGGAAGAUCGAACUUCCCAACGGAGAGGUUCAGGCUCAGCGUGCACAGGUCCCAUUGAUUCUGGCAUGGGCUCUGUCUAUCCACAAGGCUCAGGGUCAGACCUUGCAGCGAGUUAAAGUCGAUCUUGGACGGGUUUUCGAAAAGGGUCAGGCUUACGUUGCUCUGAGUCGUGCAACCUCCAAGGAAGGCCUUCAAGUCACACGGUUCGAUGCACGAAAGGUCAUGGUACAUCCCAAAGUCACCGAGUUUUACUCUAAACUCACCAGUAUUACUGACGUGCUCAAGCCGAAAGGCGGGCAACGGACUAUUCCUGGUCAUUACCCUGAGGACGACUUCGAAGAUGAUUAUUUAGACUAUCUAUAA